CCCCGUCAGCCCCCAGUGUGCCGCGCAACGUCGGACGUGCGUUGCCGUUGUUGUGUCCGGUCUUCGUUUUGUGGCUUUUUCGUUGAUCGCCGCGUGUGGUACCGAGGACAUGUGACGGAAGAGAUUAGAAAAUGACGAACGGAAUCGGCCCAGUACCCGGCCACCGGAAGUAAAUUCAAGUUUCAUCGGUGGUAACCACUGGAGCCCUAGCGUGAGGUUAGGACAUAGGAAGAGUGAAAGGGGGAGAAAGAGAGAGAGAAGGAGGAAGACAGAGAAAGCCAUUGUAUUUCACACGGACUCGGUCGAUAAGUGGAAACUGUGUAUAUGAGUUGUCAGAGAACUUUUAAUGGAGGACUGAAUCUGAAAGGUUACGACACGUGCACGUCACUUGCUACCAGCGUGUGUAUUUAUACGUGUGUGUGCACCCCGUACGAUUAGAUAGAUCCACCGAAGGGUUUCCUGUUUCGAGGAUAAUCCAAGUCCCCGGAAGCCCGGCGGUUUGCCAGUGGAAGAUCAGUCUUCGGGGACUUCAUAAAUUCGCCCCCGGCUAAUUUCCGAGAGCACACCUCAAGAAUCUUUGAUCGUUCGAAAGGGCGAAGGGGGAAAGGUCUACGCGCGUCACGACUCACUCCCCUCCGUUUUUGAUCGCGUGUGUCGCGCGAACACAACAGGGAAGUCGCCUGACUUCGAAUACUUGAUAACCAAUAAAAAAUUCAAGGCACGAUAAGAGACGGUUCCAAAGAGGAAAUUGGCUUUGAAACAUCAAUAGCACGGCGAACUGUUUCGGGCUAGCUACUGAAUAUUCGAGGAGGACUUUCUUCGGACUGCUGUCUCGCAGAGCGCUCUUCGAAAAUCGGAAAUUGCUGGUAGACGGUAUUACGGGACUGUGUUGGCGAACUUAAAGGCGCAAGAUGGCCGAAAACUCGCUACGUCGGAAGACCAGGUCAGCCUCAAUCUGCGCGCCGGGUUUCUCCAGCAUGGAGCAAAUGUUGGAAGCGAUGCCUCCCUCGGGCGCGAGGGAAAGAGAUAAGAUCGACAGGGAGAAGGAUAGCGGAAGCGGCACUCCUGACAGCAGUACGCCGACCAGGAGACGCAGACCCGCCACGAGGUCCCAAAGUGCUCGUGUUUCCGGCCCGAAUAAGAGCAUUCGACGUCGAGCUGCUGCACAAGCCGCGCAGCACCACCAAGGUACAGUUAAGUCUGCACACUGCAGCAGCGAGCCCAGGUUGACUGACAAUGACAUCAGUCCUGGUCUCAGAAGAAGAGGAAGCCGAAGAGGGCAAAGCAUGCACCACACUCAUCACAGGAAGAGCAAUGCAUUUUUAGACGUGCCUGACACGUCGUCGCAGGUGCCGUCGAGGGAAGACGGCGAGGAUGAAGACAGUUACAGGCUUAGAAGUUUCAGUUUCACCAGUAAAGGUGUCGUUAACAGAGGCGACUCCUUCAGAAGAAGAAGGUCAAGAUCGAAUUCCUUAGCGCCUGCCAAUUCAGAAUCUGAAGAGAAAAAUGCAGCGCCUGCCAAAGAGAUUACCUCCUACACUGUGGCGAUGCUGGGCGCAAGGGGUGUUGGAAAAACCGCCCUAAUUAGUCAAUUCAUGACCAGCGAAUGUAUAAACGCUUACGAUAGGCAGAGAGACGUACCCAGCGAGCAAUCUGUUUUCGUCAUGCUCAACAACGAGGAGAGCGAGCUGAGAUUCCUGAACAUCGCGAACCCGAAGACGGAACUGGAGAAAAUACACCCGGAUGCUUUUGUCGUUAUGUAUUCUGUAAUUGACAAAGCGUCCUUCCAAAGGGCCGAAGAAUACCUAGAACGCCUCCACGAUCAGGAUUUCCUCCGAGGAAAACCAGCAAUUCUAGUUGGCAAUAAGGUGGACCUGGUUCGAUCUAGGGUGGUUUCUUCUCAAGAUGGCAAGUGCAUGGCGUGCACUUAUCGGGUGAAGUUCAUCGAGGUCUCGGUCGGCAUCAACCACAACGUGGACGAUCUCCUGGUCGGCAUUCUGAAUCAAAUACGUCUGAAGAACGUGCAGGGGUGCGCUGAGAACCGGGCCGCGAACGGGACCGAGGGCAGCGGCCAUUGGUACAAAUCCAGGGGAGUGGUGCGAGCCAGCAUGAAAGCUAGACAAAUGUUGACCUGGUUGUUCGGCAAGGAGGACAGCAAGUUCAAGAACUGCGAGAACCUGCACGUGCUUUAAACAGGGAUGAGGAUCCCUUGGUCGUACCUGAGGACGGAUUGUACAGAUUGAACCGAUGCAAUUCUCUCCAGGCGAUUCGCGCGCUGAGAAAUUACAUCCCGAAGUGAGCACUCAUUGUUCCUCGUUGCGACUUUUCGGCCAAACUUUGUUCACCGAAUCGUAUUCAUUCUAUCGCCUAACGAUCCUUUCGGGAUCGUUUUCUUUUUUACUGAUUUUAACACUGGAACUACCGAGUGUCUGAGAUGUUGCUUGAAUUUCUGCUGAUAUUCAUUACGUUAGGUAAGUGAAAUUAUUAAUUUUCAUAAAUAAUUUCAGAUAUUUAAUGUAUUUACAAUACCAGUAAUUGCAGAGUAAGGGAAUUGAUACUGGCCAUUUUGACUGGUACGGUCGUUUUAGUGUUAAACAAAUGGUAGCAGGAAAAUCUAGUGAAGAAAUAUUUUUCGAUUUGAUUAAGGGGAGUUAUUCAAUUGUUUGAUAGUUUUUUACCGGUUAUUUACUCAUGCUUACAGAUAUGCACACUUAGUAGUGGUAAAUUGAUUGACAAGUGAUGAUUGACAUUUCUAUUUAAAUCCAACUUUUGGACGUUGGUCUACGGAAACAUGAAUUUUUAUGAACGCCUGCUAUUUAAAUAUAACGAAUAAAGUAUAACAAGUAAAGAAUUUUGUAAGAGGUGAUUUCAAAUUAAUAAUUUCAAUUUUGUGAGAGUAAUUUGUAUCUAUUUCCUGUUCGACGUCAAUAUUACUUUUGUGUAUGUAUAAUUUACGAAAUCUGAAAUCAGAAUUAACAACCGGAGUUAACUAGGGUUAAUAAUUGCUACGUAUUGGCAUUCAUACGUAAUAUCUUUUUAUACUGCAAUUCCAAAAAUUAUUACUUUAUAAUGUACAUAUAAACAUUUUUAUCUGUGUAAUUAGUGAAACACUAAAGUUUGGCCAAAAGUUUUUAAUACGCUACGCACAUUGCAAAAAAUACACCAAGAAGGAACAAGUGCAUCCAGUUAAAUUCCGUUAUUUCGGAAUCUUUGCAGCGGUGGCCAAUUUAGUUCGAUGAACUUUGAUCUUUUGUAUGGCCUCUUCUCGAAUUUUUUAUUAGUCGCUGUGCUUUCUAUCUUAUUAUCAAUAAUACAGAGACAUAUAUGCUAUAAACAAGUUAUUUGGUUAUAUCUCGUUAAGUUUAUAUUGUUAUAGAAUACAUAUAUUAGUGUUAGGCAAAAUAAUAAAAAGAACAAACACGACGUAACACUGAAUUUCUUUCGAUUAUCAUAAUUAUGAUAUUAAUAUGCACAAUAUUUGUUCAAGUAAAAUAAUAUAGCUUUUUUUUAUUAUACCAGAAUAAUAGACGAGAGUAAUUUGAAUACAAUUGUAGAUCAAUGUUGGGAAUCAAUUGAUCGAAGUUUUUCAUUUGAUUACUUGAUCAAUCGAUUGAUUCGAUCAAUUGACGAAAUUUAUCUACAUUCGGAAAAUAUUAAUAUUAUCAUCAACUGCUAAUCAAAAAUAUUAAUUAUUAAUCUUGAAUGGUCUUCAAUCAAAAUAUAAAAAAAUUUUCAUCGUACUUAUUAUUUUGAACAAUUCUUAAAGCAUAAAAAUGAAAAAAUAAUACAAAAAUUUAAUAAUUUUUUACUUAAUUAUUAACCCAAUUAAUAUUUAAUUAAUAAUUCAUUUGACGAUUAAAUUUCUACGUUAACUGUUAAAUGCGAUUACAUAUCAGUUGAAUAAAAAAUGUUAUUCUUAAUUGUCAUUGAUAAUUGAAUAUUUCAAUCGUCAUAAUUAAUCACUGAAUGAUAAGUUCGAGUAUCUAUCAACAAUUAUGAACGUCAUAUCAAUUUAUCGUUGGUCGUUAUAUUUGUCUGACUCUCAGUUAUCAUUAUAAUGAAGUUGAAACGUGCUUCACUAAAUUAAAUCAUGGAAUAAAAUUGGCCACCCUCGUCGCGAGAACGAGAAAUAGGGGAAACCAUGAUGGUUCGUGGAAAAUGUGGCGAAUAAAGGUACGAUCAAAGUGCCAAUUACUCAAAAUGAACGUGACUAACUUUUUCUUCAUUAGGACUUACAAGACUUCAUCGAGUAGCUGCUCGACGAUUAAUUUAACAAUGAUGAGUGUACUUUGCCGCAAAUGUGAAUACCCACUUGUUCUGUUCGUUAUGAAAUGAAAGAAUCUCAAGAAAAAAAUCCCACACGAAGCUUGAUUAAUUUGUCGAACAUUUUAAUCCCGUUCGGGAUUACAAAAGAGGAGUUUCAAAAUAUAGUAGAAAUUUACAAUUAAAAGAUUUAAAUAUAUAAUGUUUGCUGUAUGAAUUGUACAAAAUAUUGAAUAUUAUGAGAUUCUUGAACAGUUCAUUACAGAAAUCAAAGGAAAAUCAAAAACAUGUUAAGCGUGGUCUUUGUUUCCACGAAAUUGUACGUCUUACUUCCGUGUACAUUUCUUAUCUAUACAGAAAGCGAGUCGAAAUUCGUGAUACAAACGGGUGUAGAUAAUUGACAUGCUUUAAAAUGAAUCAAAACGAUAGCAUAAAUUUUAUUCUUACGGAGAUUCGUUCCGAAUAAAAAUGAUAUUGAUAAUUGACAUAUAAACUAAUGAAGAGUUUUAUACGAGAAUAAACGAGAAUUUUGUCUCUUUAAUUAUUCCUCUACUUUUCUCGAUUUUUACCGUGUUCUGUUAAUGAAAAUGCGUUAUAUCAUACUAUACAAGGAAAGAAGUAGUAAUGAACUAUAUAUCAAUAAAUUCAUUUGAAGAAAUACCAAUCAAGGUGUGUACAUUCAAUUAUUUUGUUUUCAAUGUUUCUUCAGAAGCGAAGUUCGAUAAGAAGUUUACAUUAUUAUGAAGCCUAAAAUUAUAUCUUUCUUAGUUUACUAUUAAAAUAUAGCUAAUAUACAGGAAGUUUCACCGGUAAAUGACCAAAAAUUACUAUAUCGUAGACGUUAUGAGUAAAAAUAAGGGAAAAUCUUCCAUACCGUUUGAAGACAUUUGACUGAAAGUUUUAAUUAGACUGUAGAUUUUUGUGUAAAGUAAAACUUGCUUAGCUUAAUCUAUAUAAACUAAUUUUUCACUACAAUGAUUUUAAUAUGUUAACGACAGUACGAAGAUGUUAUAAAAUUUUUCUAUGUCUACCUUAUAUUUUUUGGUUCUACAAUAUUUUUCAUAGAUACAUAAGUGUCCACAGUCUAAUUACAACUAAGCAACAAAGUUUCAACAUGAUUAAACUCGCAAUUUACAUUUCGCUUUUCAUAUAUACUGAAAUGAUGUGAUAAUAAGUUUGUAUUUUUACUCUGUUUGACUAGUAUGAUUUUCGUAACUGGUCUAGUUGAACGAAGUUAUUAAACAUGAAGAUACAUAUGUACAGACUUAUUACACAACAAUGUAAGAAGUAUAACAGCACUAUUUAUUCGAAGUAAUAUUACUCUUUCUAAAUUUAUGAAUCAAAAUGUUAUGAGUAUUUCUUUUGACUCCCCUAUUUUCAUUUUCAUCUUGAUUUGUUAAACAAAUGUUUCCGGGCCUGUGUUUACAAAAAAAUGUUCUGUGGUUAUUACUCGCAAAAAAACAAGCAAUGAAUAAUAUAAAAGUUUCAUCGGAAAUUAUUGACGAAUAACUAUUAUUUAAAUAAAUAGUAAAAAUCGUGUUUUCUGUUAGUGUGUAUUCGGGCAAUGUCCCAUCAACUAUUUUUCAACUAAUUGUUCGAAUUAAAUGAAUCGGUACAAAGAAUAUUGCUCUGUUGCAAUAACCAAUCUCGAAAAUAAUCAACAGAAAUGGUGCAGCGUAAUUAAAGAAUAAUAAUAAGAACGAGUCCUCUCAUACGAAAUAAUGUGGAAAAUGGACUCCGGACUGGGCACGAAGGAAUUUAAUUGGACCAUAGCGAGAAUUCGCGGCCGCUAAACUUAAUGAUGGUUAUACUGUACAAUAAGACCAAUUUAAUGUUUUUAUUCGAUACUGUAUAUAGAAUAAGUUUAAUGAUACGGAUCUGUGUACCUAUUGUAAACGGAGAUGCGUGUGCAAAUAUAAGGUUAUCCACUUAACGCGGAAUCCACACGCACGAAAGCAAAAACGAUCAACAAUGUUCAUCGACAUCUAAACUAGAGAUCUCUAUUUCACAUGAGCUUAGUUCGCAAAAUGUUUAAUUCACAUGUAUACGUGCAAUUCUGUUACACGUGGUCACAUAUACUUAAAGACAUGUGUAUUGAUUUUGAACAGUUUUCUUUUUAAAUUUCAUACGAUAUUUAUUACAAUAAAUAAAACGAAUCUAAAUACGCCAUUAGUUGGAUAACAAAGUAAACUGAAUCAGUAUUUACGAAUUUUACCCGUAAUUUAGUUACAAACCUUGUUUCAAAAAGUCGCAAAGCACCUUAAUCAUUCAAUUUUAACUGACAAUGAAUAUUACAUGAUAGUAGUCUACAACUUCCUAAUGACAUAUGUAAAAUAUUAGACAGAUACUCAAUAAUUUUUAAUACAUAAUGUAUUAGGUUUAUAUCUUUCGAAAUUUAUUGAUAGUGAGAAUGCAAAUUAAUGCUGAAUAUUGUGGUAGCAAAGUGAAAUUUUUGUGUAGUGUAUAAAGAUCCCUAGUUUACUUCCCAUUGUUAAGACAUAUUAGUAGCAGUAAACACAUCAAAAGUCUGACAACGAGAACAAUUAAUAAACCCUUGUUUGUUACAUUGACACUUUAUACUUUAUAUUUUAUUAAAGCAAGUUUAUUUGCAUUGCAGAAUCUUUCUCGUGGAAAAAGUGAUUUAGAUGCAUACAAUGCAUACUUUAGCAUUCUUGAAUAAAUCAAUGCUCAUAAUUGGUGAUGUAUUAAUGCAUGAAAUCUAACGCAAUCGGUCCUUUGAUAAAGGUCACAAUGUGUCAGAGAAUAAUUGCGGUAGCUUUAAAAUCACACUCUUCAAUUUCUAACCUGUCUACAGAAUGAUACAUCGCAAAGUUGACAAAACAGUGUAUGUUUUAUAGUCGAUGCAUCAUUUUCGCGCAUAAAUCUGUGACAAUAUGUUACAGAAUUCAUUUGUCAUUCUCAAGAAUUAAUGACUAUUAAAAAUUUGUUAACAUUUAUCUACUUGCGGUUUAACUGUAUAACCAAAAAAUGAUUUACGAAUAGAUCAUUUUGUAUUUUGCCACAGCUCUCGUAACAACCACAUAAAUGUUUAAAAGCUUUUUCUUAUUUUCUUUGUAGUUAUUACUUUAUAAAACUACUUCGCCGUUAAAUUAUUAAUAUCCAAAUGAAAAUUUUAUGAUACUUAAUAAUAAUUUACUUAUCAUUGCUUUUAUGUUUUUACUAUACUAUAUACGAUAAUUGUCACUCACCAUCUUAACACUGUUACUGAAGUCAAAUUAUAUAAAAUUAUAAAAUAAACUAAUUAUUACAAUAAUUGGAAAAUCGAAUUCAUGAUUUUCAUUUUGCUAUGUACACAACCAUCCUAUUUUCAUAAUAUAUCUACAAUAACUUAAAGUUGCAUUCUCAGCAUUUUUUUAAGGUAAACAGUUUUACUUUUAGUGUAUGUAUAUAUACGAGAAUAUUGAGUAUCUACACUAAAUAUUUUACAUGUAUUAUUAAGAAUUUAUAGACUAUCAUCUAGCAAUAACAUAUUGAAAUCCGGAUAAUUGAGUUUCUUCCCUUGUCACCGAGUGGGAGAUGUGUUGUUAAAUAAACUACAUAAUUCGUGGAAUACGAAAUAUUAUAUUUCUCUAUAUUCCUCUGGAGAGAAUAAUAAAGUUUUAAAGAGAUUAUCUCCAUGAGAUAAUUCUUCUUUUCGGAACAAAAUUUUUUAACACGCUGACUACAAAAUCACGCUGACUACAAUGUCCACCGGAAAUUCAGAAAAAUAAAAUAAUUUAUUUAUUAAAAAAGAAAUUUUAAAGUUCAGAUUUACGAUAGUCCUCAUACAUUUAAUAUUCGUAUGCUUCGUACAUCACAAGAAAAUUAAGUACAUCCCUACUCGGUAUACCAUUACAAUAAUUCAUUUUUCAAACUGAACAAAGAAUUGCUACUUAUAACACAGUCGCCAAAUUCACUGAUAAUGAUUCAGUUCAAAUCUCGAGAAAAUAUCUCGUGUCAUUUCGAAUAAUACUAUCAUAGAAGAAAUUCUUGAAAAGAUUUAGAAGUUAAACUGUUAAACAUUGUCAACUAUCUACAGUGUUGCCUACGUACCAUACUGUAUAUCGCACUUGUUUUCGCACGCGCGUAUUUUGAAUUAAGUGGACAUCCCUUUAUAACGAAUACAUACCACGCGAAUAUAUUCCUGAUACCCUAUGAUCAAAUAAGUGGCUAGUUUGUAUAGAUGUAUCUUACGGAUUGACGUGUUUAUUGUAUUGCGUGUUUUUCGUCGAAGAACGAGUAUUGUACGAUGGACAUAUGCCCGCAAUGUCCAUUAAGAAGAAUAUAUUCUUUUCGAAGUUUUCAGAGUAUAAAUAUGGAAGAUGAUAAAGAAAUAUAUAUAUACACUAUU